UUGAAUGUAGAGUCAGUGAUUGGUACCAGUCACUGACUUUGUCCAUUCAUAACUGAGGCAUAGUAAACUGUGUUUACUAUACUUCAGUUAAUUUUUAUGAAUGAACAGGAAGCUCUUUGCAGAGCUAUUCCUGUCCAGGGGCGGACUGACCAUUUGGAAACUCGGGUACUGCCCGAGGGCCCGGGAUGCCCCUGGUACCUUUUUCAUAGGCUUUUUUGAGUUUGGGCAAGGACACAGGGGCCCCAUGAUCCCCUAUUGCCGGGGG